AUGGACGGAGACGGUGACCCAGAGAUCGUGGGCCAGCCCGAGGAGGCGAGCCCGGAGGAGCAGCCGGAGGAGAGCCCGGAGGCGGGCGCCACGGAAGAGCGGCCCGAGGCGGCGGCGGAGGGGGAGGAGGCGGCGCACCUGGCCGAGCUGCCCGAGCCGCUGCUGCUGCGCGUGCUGGCCGAGCUGCCGGCCGCCGAGCUGGUGCAGGCCUGCCGCCUGGUGUGCCUGCGCUGGAAGGAGCUGGUGGACGGCGCCCCCCUGUGGCUGCUCAAGUGCCAGCAGGAGGGGCUGGUGCCCGAGGGCGGCGCCGAGGACGAGCGCGACCACUGGCAGCAGUUUUACUUCCUGAGCAAGUGGCGGCGCAACCUGCUCCGCAACCCAUGCGGCCAAGAGGACUUGGAGGGCUGGUGCGACGUGGAGCACGGCGGGGACGGCUGGAGGGUGGAGGAGUUGCCUGGAGACUGUGGGGCCGAAUUCACCCACGAUGAGAGCGUCAAGAAGUUCUUCGCCUCCUCCUUCGAGUGGUGUCGCAAAGCGCAGGUCAUCGACCUGCAGGCCGAGGGCUACUGGGAGGAGCUGCUGGACACGACUCAGCCGGCCAUCGUGGUGAAGGACUGGUACUCGGGCCGCAGAGACGCCGGCUGCCUGUACGAGCUCACCGUGAAGCUGCUGUCGGAGCACGAGGACGUGCUGGCCGAGUUCAACACCGGCCAGGUGGCAGUGCCCCAAGACAACGACGACGGGGGCUGGAUCGAGAUCGCCCACACCUUCACCGACUACGGGCCAGGCGUCCGCUUCGUCCGCUUCGAGCACGGGGGGCAGGACUCUGUCUACUGGAAGGGCUGGUUUGGGGCCCGGGUGACCAACAGCAGCGUGUGUGUGGAGCCCUGAGUGACACCCCCGCCCCACUCCAUCGUCCCCCAACUGCCCUGGAGGGGCAGAUAAGCCUUAACUUAGUUUGUAGCAUCCUCACCUUCCCCAGGCACCCUACUCCUGCCCUUGCUCCAAGCCCAGCCCCCACUUGGGGA